CUAGCUGAUGCUGGGAUUCCCAUGCGUGAUCUUGUCACAUCGUGCAGUGCUGGAUACCUCAACAGCACGCCUCUUCUUGAUCUAAACUACUUGGAAGACAGUGCUGGCGGUCCUGAUGUCACUGUAGGAAUUUUACCUAAGUUGGACAAAGUGACCCUUCUGCAGAUGGAUGCUAAACUACCAAUGGAUAUUUUUGAAAAUGUCAUGCAAUUAGCAGUUGAAGGCUGCAAAGCAGUGGAAAGCCAUAUCCGGGAAAUAUUAUUGGAAAACACCAAGAAGUUGGAGAUUCGCCGAGGUGUAUAGUUUUUAAUAGUUCGAGGAGCUUUUAUUGAGUUUAUGUUUUGCUACAAAUGCCAAAAGACAAAAGGGGUUCCUGGUUGUGCUGCUGCAAUCUUUCCAAACAAUGGUGGAUCAAAAAGUUAACCGUACAAAUCUGCCAGAGCCUGUGGAGAAAUGAUCUUCCCUAGUGUUUCUAGGCUUGCCUAAUGUCUUUUCUAGUCAUGUUGCAGUGGUUGUAGGAUGUGUAUUGUUUGGAUCCUUGUUAAAUUUGAAGAUUAGUGUGGGCUGAAGUUAAUCCGGAACUGUAUCGAAGAAGCUUUCGGUAUGGUAGACCACAGGAGUAUCCCAUUGUUUACUCUUUUAUUUCUAAUUUUGGUCUUGGAAAGGAAUAUGGCUUUGCAUUUUAAAGUAUCUCAAUAUAGGCAGAUUAUUUAUGGUGUUGGA